UUCACUCAUUCUCUCCAUCUAGUGAGAGGCAGAAAGUUCCACAACCUGACUGCUCUGGUGUGAGGGCAACUGCCUCUUUGGAAUUGACUCUUAGGGACAGAAUGCGGUUGGCUUUACUUUGAUUCAUUAUUUGUUUGUUUUUUUUGUUUGCUUGUUUUUUUCUUCUUUGAUGCUCCUGCUGGAAAGUUCUCCAGGGUACCAGAACUCACAAAGGGGUUCAGUCCAUGUUCACAGCUGUUCUCUCUUCUGCCUGAGAGAAGGAGAGCCCCUACAGCCAGAUUACUCAGAGGAACAUCCGUGGAAGGAAGAUCUUCAGUUGGUUGUAAGAGCUUGGGGACCACAUUGGCUGCAUUUUCUCAUGUCUGACUAAGACACGCACACACACAAACAAACCUGCGUGUGAUAAGAGAGGCCAGCAUGAGUGUGGUGCCCGUCUCCGGCAGAAGAGAACGAGAGCUGCAGCCCCUGCCUGUGCCCAGGUCAAUGAGGGCUCUGGGGGCAGGAGGAGGAGGAGGUGGUGGAGGCCCGGGGCUGGGGCUCAGCAUGCAGGGUCCCCGUGGGAUGGGGAAAGCCCUGCGCGAGCUGAGCGCCGAGGAGCAGCAUGAGCUGCGUCGGAAGAUCAACAGCCGUGAGAGGAAGCGCAUGCAGGACCUCAACGUGGCCAUGGACGCGCUCCGAGAGGUGAUGGUGCCGUACUCUUCGUCGUCAUCCUCAUCCUCGGCCCCUGGGCAGCACCAUCAGCAGCCGUACCUAGCCGGUUCCCCGGGUCCCCAUGGAGGGCCCCAGGCGGGCCGCCGGCUCUCCAAGAUCUCCACGCUGGUGCUGGCGCGCAACUACAUCCUGCUGCUGGCCUCCUCGCUGCAGGAGAUGCGUCGGCUGCUGGGGGAGCUGAGCCUGGGUGCAGGCGGUGCCGGCGGCGGCAUGGGUGUGCCGCGGGUGCUCCUCACGGCCGGCGGCUGGCCUCUCCUCACCAGCGCCCCCACCGGUCAGCUCCUGCUCGGGCCAGAGGCGCUCCUGGCUCCUGGCGCCGCUUCCGCCACCUCCUCCAAGUGCCCCCUCUUGCCGCCGGCUCCUCUGCCCCAGGAGGAGGUGACAGUGUGGGGCUCGAGCGGCGGGGCAGUGGCCGGCUUGGCUGGUGGUCCUCUCUGCCCCUGUGGUGUGUGCAGGGUACCCAGGAUGGUGCACGCCGCGCAGGGGCCACGGUUUCCAAAGUGACCCUGUACUCCACCAUGACCCUGGUGUCUCUGCUAUGUGCCAGUCUGGCGGGACACUUUCUUUGCCACCAGCUGAACUGAAGGUACAUUGAACACCUGAGGUGCAUCGCAUGCCACAUCAUCAUAACUCCAUUUGACAUUACACACCAUGUGAGUUGGUGCUGCUAACUUAAAUGUUUUGUCUUCUUUUUGACAUUUCCCUUUGCUUAAAUGAAUGUCUGACCAUGAUAUUCACUAGCAAUCAAUGACUUUGUAUUGAUUGUUCUUGGAC